AUGGGGUCAGAACCAGGAUUCAGUCUCCACCUCACCAUAUAUAUCGAUCCUCAGAACGUUAACAAGUUCUUUGAGCAUUUCAAGCCGGUCUAUGACGCCGUAGUUGCCGAGCCGGAAUGUCGCUUCUUCGAGGUGUACCAGUCUCCCGAGGAUCCGGGGACACUGCACUGGGUUGAAGACUGGGUCGCGUCUACCGAGUGGUUCAUGAGUACCCAGAUGGCCAAGGAUUACUACAAGGACUACUUGGCUGCCACAGAGCCCAUGUUUGUGAAGCCUCGAGAGUUUAAGAUAUACACUCGUCUUGGAGCACCAUAUUAUACUGCCAAACAGGAAUGA